CCUCGGCAGGCCCGGCUGAUGUCAUUCUUUGUGGUGGCCGCAGUGGCAAGAUGGCGGCGGAGAGGAAGAUGCUUGGCGCUGACCGGGGGGAGGCACCGGGUGUGGGGGGCGAAGAGGACGAGGGGCAGAGCCUGUGGUGAGCAUGAUAGGCCGCAGGGGAGCAGCUCUGGGCGGGAUCCCGGGUCCCUGGGACAUGGCUGCCUUGUCCCCCAUGGUGCCCCCUGUCACUGGGUGGCUUCCACACCCUCCUGGCACAGCUGGCAUUGCCAUGGCACCCUCCUGGCACAGCUGGCAUUGCCAUGGCACCCUCCUGGCACAGCUGGCAUUGUCAUGGCACCCUCCUGGCACAGCUGGCAUUGCCAUGGCACCCUCCUGGCACAGCUGGCAUUGCCAUGGCACCCUCCUGGCACAGCUGGCAUUGUCAUGGCGCCCUCCUGGCACAGCUGGCAUUGCCAUGGCACCCUCCUGGCACAGCUGGCAUUGCAUGGCACCCUCCUGGCACAGCUGGCAUUGCCAUGGCACCCUCCUGGCACAGCUGGCAUUGUCAUGGCACCCUCCUGGCACAGCUGGCAUUGCCAUGGCACCCUCCUGGCACAGCUGGCAUUGCCAUGGCACCCUCCUGGCACAGCUGGCAUUGUCAUGGCGCCCUCCUGGCACAGCUGGCAUUGCCAUGGCACCCUCCUGGCACAGCUGGCAUUAUGGCACCCUCAUGGCACAGCUGGCAUUAUCAUGGCACCCUCCUGGCACAGCUGGCAUUAUCAUGGCACCCUCCUGGCACAGCUGGCUUUGUCAUGGCACCCGGGCAAUGGGGGCUCUAUCACUUUAAUUACCAAUAGCCAUCACUAGAUCCUGUAUGGCAGGGAUGGAUAACCCCUGGCUGUGCCUUUACUGUGCCUGGGCUGUCACUCUCAUGGCUCUCAGCCAGCUGAUUGGGUCUCCUGAUAUUGAUAGUAUUGCUACAGUCCAGAAAUAAGAGAUCUAUAACUUGAUUUGCAUUGGUGAUGUCAACAAUAUUGAGCUCCUAGAAAGAGGGACAUUAGAAUAGAAAACAAGGCAGGGGGAUUUACCAUGCAUUAUUGGUGGCAGUGCCUCUGCUGUGGGGUAUAUUUCUCAUCACACUCAGCCAGCUGAAUAGAACUCAUGGUAGUAUUGCUACACCCAAGAAUUAAGAGAUCUAUAACUUUAUUUGCAUUGGGCAGUCAGACCAUAGAGAGCAGUGAUGGGUAACCUCUGGCACCCUAGAUGUAGAAGACCAGCACAGCUGGAUGUCAUGGGAUGUGUGGUCCAUAAGAACUGGGGUACCACUGCUGCACUGUAAACCGAUGAAUAUAGAUGGGUGCAUGGGCAGCUGCAAAUGUUUGACUAGUUGACUCUAGUUUUGCACAGGGAACUACAGUGUUGUGUUUGUAGUUUGUUGUGUGAAAAAUUGGGGUACACCGUAUUUUUCUUUAACUCUUGUAGCUACAGAUCUGUUUUUUUUUUUUUUGUUUUUUUUUAAUUGGGUGAAUCUAUGACUCCGGUACACUGUUCUGAUUUCUUAUAUUCAGUAUUUGGGUAUUUGAUACUCCAUCCGUAAACACCAGGCAAAAAUAUGUUGUAUUUAUCUCUUUGAAUUGAUCUAGUCAGUGCUUCUCUUGAUUUGCUUGAAGAAUCAAGGAAGUAAAUGGGAUUGAAAUAGGAUAUCCUUAGGAAUGGGCAGCUUAGUCAUGCAGGCCCUUGUCUGUGUUAUUUCUGAACAUGACGGUCAAACUAAAGUGGUUUUUCACUGAGGAAUGUAAUCAUUGAAAACUGCAUUAUAUUGAAUUGAAAUACACUUUGCAAAUUUAGACUAAAAUAGCUGAUUUGGAGAGGGGAGGGGGAAUAAAAUCUCCAAAUCAACUAAUUUUGUUUGUCUACUUCAGCCUAAAUUUUGCAUCUUGCUCUUCAGCUUAAUAUAAUAUUGUAUUUAGAAAAACACACUUCCAAUUGGCUACUUUGGCCUAAAAUGUUACAUGCUUUCCGAAUUUCUAUCAGUUUGCACUUUUAGUGGCUAACCCUGUAAGUGUUAUUUGGCUAUAUCGCUGUGCUAAUUACUUUGUGCAUGCAUCUUAGACCAUAGCAUCGGUCAUGACAUUUUAAUGUCCUUCCUUUGUGUCACGAUGCAGAAACAUUGGUUGGGUUCUAAACUCCAUUUCCCCUUAUUUUAUUAUAAUUAUUUUUUGUUGUUGUCAUUUUUUAUUUUUUUUCAUAACACAUGUAAAGUGGUUUGUAAAUGAUUUUUAAUUUUUUGCCUUUCAAGGCAUUGCCAAAAAUCAUAACUUUACAUUCUUUAGAUGUGCUUUUCAACAUACAGCUUUCUGUUCCUGUUUUUAAGGGUGUGUAUGAGAAAAAGGAUUACAAUGUAGUUUGCUUUUAUUAGUGUUCCGUGAUCAAACAUUACAAAGUUCUCCACAUUUAAAGCAUCCCUGCCUUGGGGAGUACCACACCCAAGUGUCAAACAGUUUUCUCCUUGUGUGAUGUUCAGUGGGCUAUGCAAUUGAAACUGUACUGUACCAUGUUUCUUUAAAUCUAGCAUCGGAACUGUCAAAGUAACAAUGGUGCAAGAUUUGGAAGUAAUGCUUUUGGGAAAGCAAUCUAUCGCUCCCUACCUGUUGCCGUAUACUAAUGCAGUCUUAAGCUAAAUAUAGCAAAAUGGUCAAAUAAUUGGAUUUUGAGAGUAAGCCUGUUACAGCAAGGGCCACAUCACCUUUUGUUCUUGUGUGUCUUAACAUGUGAUGUGAAAAACCACUUUAAUGUUUUGGAGCACCACAGAAUAUAUAUUGAUUACCAAACUAGCAUAUGCCAUAGAUAUAGAUAGCCUGGGUUUUGUAUAUUUUACCCUAUGUGAUAUAUUGUGUUUAAAGGUUGCUGUCAUAUCUAGCUGCUCUUUGGGUUUUUAAAUACUGUAAAGUCAGUAGUUUAGUAAUUUUGAUGAAAUUAUAUGAAAUAUUCUCAAAAAAAAAAGAUACUGCAGAAUUCAUUUUCCGAAGGUUUUGGUGUCUUCGUUAUGAGAUAAAAACAUAGUUACAUUUUUAUGGCCAUACUAUUUCAUUACUGUCUAAAGAUAUGUUGUUCUGUGGCCACGUGAAUGUUGCACUAAAGCUUUAGAUGUCUACUACUUUUUGCAGUUGCCAGAACCAUGUGGAAACAAUGUGUAUGUUGUGAAUGCCACCUCCCUACAUAAUAGGAGAGAUAGCUAGUUCCCUGCCUCUUGUAAAACCGUAUUUACAAGAUUUUUUUUUACAUUUUUAAUACUCCUUAAAUUGUCAGUUAUUAAAUUAUUGACAUCUAAGCUAGAACCUAAAAUUAAAAAAUAAAUUUGCCUUUUUAUAUUUCUGUUUUGUAUACAUGUAAAUGUUGUCAACCCUGUUUGUUACAUUGUCUAUUAAUGCAUAUAUCUUCUGUGCAUAAAGAUGUAUAUUUUUUGAAUGUUUAAUGAUGUCAGGUGAAGGAGUAACGCUGUUACUGUAAAUUGUGGCAUUAGAGAAAAUAAAUAAAGAGGACUUAAUGGUCACAUUGAUAAAGAAGUCUCAAGCAGUAUCAUAGAGAAUAACUAUGUUCUAUCUCACAUCAUCAGACUAUCGGUAUCAUGAUCAGUUCAAAGCUAUUAUUAAUACCUAUUUUUUUUUUUUUUUUUUUGAGGGAAGAGUCUUGUAUGUAGGGCUGCCAAAUCAACCAUUAUUUUGUGGGGCUCCUUUAAUUUCUUUGUUGGUGGGUAUGGCAUGAAAUGUUCUCUUACUGCAUGUAGAACCCAUAUGCUUUAGGAUUCUCAAUGAUUAAAGGGACAUCGAGAUGAAGUGGUCUGGGUGCACUGACCCUGACCAUUUUAACUAUUUUUAUAAACGGCAAUGUUUGUAGGGUUAAAUCCACAUCUAGGUGCUGUCUUCCUGACAGCCACUAGAGGUGCUUCCACGGCACUGGCAGAGUUAAACUGUGUUACGUGACAUGAAAGCUCAUACGAAAGUACAGUAUACAAUGCUUUUCUAUAGAGAAGUUUGGAUGUGUAUGUGCAUUAGAUUCCAAGUGUACCUCUAUGAGGAGCAUUGGAUUGGCCCAACAUGGAGGAGACUGUGCCUCAUCAGUGUUGUCAUUGGAGGGAGAGGGGGAGCUUGGCGCUGGAAAAGGUAAGUAAAAAGCUUUAUAUUUAUUUCUUUUUAGCAUUAGGAACGCAGGGGUUAAACUAGGCAUUGUAUUUCCUAGUUACGAAAAACCUCUGCUGUUUUGGACCCUGUGGAUUCCAUCCUUAUGAUGGCUGAAGAUAUUGGCAGAUAGAACCACUGCAUCUAAGUUAUCACUGAUCUAUUACUGUGCAGACUGCCCCGAUAGUGACUUGAAGAUCUUAUGGACUUCUAAAAUGACAUGUUUCUGUUUUUUUAUUAUUUUUAUAGGUCAUCCAUUCUCAGUGAUGUGUCUACAAGUGCGAGAUCCAAAUUACCCACCGGGAAAAACAUACUGGUUUUUGGUAAGUACUCCUGAAAAGACAAAGUAAAUAGUACAUUCAUCAUGGCAUUCAUGCACAAGUUUUCCUAUUAAAAUUUCAGGAAGCAUCUCCUUACUCCUAUUAAUAUCAAAUAGUGUGUCUGUUGUGAAAAUGCUAAUUUGCAAUUUAUACUUUUAUCAUGAGAGUUAUGUUCAGCAACAAGCAGCUGUUUAUUCUGCAUAUCAAUGGAUUGAGCUUGUAAUUACCAAUUGUGUUCUAAUUCAGGUAUAUAAACAGGUCUCCCUCCAUCUAGCAUCUGUUCUGUCAAAUACCAUUUAAUAAUGCUUGGCUGUGCCAUUUAAACAGAUGGAGAGCUUACCUGUUAGCCCUGCCUGUUCUAAAUUAUUGGUUUACAAAGUUUACCUGGGCGCUGAACAGUGUCAGGAUUAUUCCCUGAAAAGAGUUGAUGGGAAUUCAAAAUGCAUUUCAAAUUGUAGAUCAAAGAUGUAGAAAAAACAUUCCUGAUUUUGACAUAAAAGUUUAAAUUCACUUUGAAUUCCAGAGAACUCUCACUUUAGUGAAUAAACUCUCUUGUGGGAUAACAUGUUUAUCUCUAAUGAGACAAAACCCCUUUCUGUCUCAUUAGAGAUAUCUUUGCCGGAAGCUCAAGGAAGCAAGGUGAAAGGUUAGUGUAGGACCCACCAUUGGAGAAACAAAAUAACCUCCAAUUUGUUUAAAUAUGGAUUUGGGAAGAGCACAGGUAACUUUUCUCUCUUUGUUUUUUACUGUAUGUAUUGGGGCUGAAAUGUACUACGGUUGUUGCCGCCGCCCCGGAGUGGGAGUUUGAGUGCAGGACUUGUUUUUUUUUUUUUUUUUUUAUCAGAUCUGACUUGUUCAAAAAAUACUGAGUAGAUUAGGAAGCUGUGAACUCCAUUUUACAAACAGAUUAAAUGUUAUAUACUGUAUAUGAAAUGUACGUACCUAACUCCUGCGUUUUGAUUGGGGUUUUUGUUACUCUGUCAUGUUUUGCCAUAAAGGAUCGCAGAAACCUGUCUGUUAGGAAAGUCUCGACAAAUCAUGUGAGAACGCUGUGAAGUGGAUAUUCGUCCUUUCUGCAUUUGUCAUGAUAUUUUCCACCAUUGCAUUGCCCAAUUCUCUUUGUUCAUGCAGGUGAAGAUGGCUCGGGAAAGACCACUCUUAUGGCUAAACUACAAGGAGCAGAGCAUAACAAGAAGGGAAGAGGAUUGGAGUAUUUAUACCUAAGUAUUCAGGAUGAAGACAGAGAGGGUGAGUGUUGCCACCCUAUUUUGUUUGGGGGGGGUCUAUUUUUGUGUGAUUACUCUAUGCCACACAUUUUUUCCAACCUGGGGGUUCCACCAGGUGUGUCCUGGCAACUUCAGAACUAAUUGGAAAAGGGCAGAGAUUUUAGUUGAAAUUUAACAAUCCUUAACUCUUAUCUUGAACACUAUUACUUUUGUAUGAAAAAUAGAAACAAGAGACCUACUAAUAUGACGUAAUUGUAUCCGCUCUUGAUUAGUUAGAAUAUGGAUUACAACAGGAACAUUAUUACCAAUGUGGCAGUAAGGACUUGACUCUCUGGCUGAGAAAGUGUAGCUGUCUCAGCCAAUAAGUAGUACCAUAACCACUAUUGUGUUUUUAACCUCACUGGUUUUCAUCCUAGAGGACGCCAUCUUGGAAUUGCAUCACAUAAAGUUAGAGAUUUAAAAUAUUUAAUAGAAUAUGUGAAAAGUAAAGAUGUGAUAAUAGCUGUAUACAUGAGGUCUGCUUGCUCGCAGCAUUCCUUUCUGCAGGUGUGGAGAGAUUUUUAUUUUAUUGUUUUGCUAAGUUAUACGUAAGGAAAAGUAGUCCCAGCAGGUUGACAAAUGGUGGAGAUUUAGUCAAGCUCCACAGCCUUUGUCAACUUUGUCUUUGGCUGUCUGUAUGUACUCAACACCCUCAGGUGGCGCUUCGCAGAGCCUCAACGUGGACAUGUAAUUUGUAGCUUGACGACAACGCCUAGCUAUGGGCAGAUUAAACUAUUUCCGGGUGUCGCCCUCUUAAAACUUGAAUAUGGCUGCUCCUAGAAAGAAGACCUGGAUGAACUGGACAGAUGUUAUAGUAGAAUACACAAAAAGAUCCCGCACUCUGGCAUUGAUAGAAUGUGAUCACAUUUUGUUCUUACACGCAUACAAUCCAAGUGUUCCAGGUCCAGGAUUGGCAAAUUCCAAUUUGCAGAUAUGAAGAAAAUCAGGUCCAGGCACUCAGGAUAUUGCAAAAAGCAGAUUUAUUGGAACAAAGGAGCAACGUUUCAGCCUUCACAGGGGCCUUUGUCAAGCUAUCACCAUAAUGCACACAACUUCUUCAUAGAGUGUCAUUUGGAUUACUCCCUAUAAAAGAGGUUGUGUGCAUUAUAUAUAUAUGUCCAGGCACUCAGGAUAUUACAAAAACAGAUUUAUUGGAACAAAGGAGCAACGUUUCGGCCUGCACAGAGGAAUUUGUCAAGCUAUCACCAUAAUGCACACAACUUCUUCAAAGAGUGUCAUUUGGAUUACUCCCUAUAAAAGAGGUUGUGUGCAUUAUAUAUAUGUCCAGGCAUAAGUUGGUAUCCACAACGUGACAGAACCGCUUUAACUAAGCCAUUACGAUUAUUAUUUUAAAAUGUAGCAUUUUUUUUUAAAUUGCUCUGGUAAUUUUCUGUGAAGGGUGCUAAGGAUAAAUGUCGAAAAACUCCUACAUCAAAAAAAUCUUGGCAAUGAGUAAAUACGUUUGAUGCAGGUUUGUGAAAUUGGUUCAGAUUACGUAGUCCAGCGGCAUGUCUCUUAGUGCAGUGUGUACCAGCUCACAUGCCUGUACCAUAAUCUCACCCACCUAGAUGGAUACAACUCCAUUUUCUAUAAAACCAUGCAAAGUCUUUCCUCACUCAGGAAAGUGAUCUUACAGUACGAAUGAAUGGAUUUCUGUUCAUGCCGCCAUUGCGCACUUGCAGGCUUUCUUCAUUCAUUUGAAAACUAUUGAACAUGUCAAUGUGACAUCAUCACAUUAAGCUCAGCAAGAGCACACUAGGAUUGGCUGAAGCAUACCUGCCACUCAGGAUGAUGCUGCGGGUAAUGGAGUAGAUUGAAAGCACUGGGAUAGUCUGCAAAGUUGGGGCAUAUUUACAGCUGAGGUUUUUAAAAAAAAUUAUUUUUUUAAUGUAUUUAUAUUAACUCUUAUUUCUUUAUUUUAUUAACGUUGUUGGAUCUAAAUCCUUACUGCAGUGACACUUGAAGGGCCAUUAAUAUUAAUUUCUUUAAUAUGACAUGGCACAAAGAGAUGUGAUAAAUGGAUUUGAAAGUUAAAAUGUUUAAACAGUUCACAGCUGCUAGAAGUUUUUAGACAAAACCUACCGUAUAUACUCGAGUAUAAGUCGACCCGAAUAUAAGUCGAGACCCCCUAAUUAUACCCCAAAAAACUAGGAAAACGUAUUGACUCGAGUAUAAGACUAGGGUGGGAAAUGCAGCAGCUACUGGUAAAUUUCUAAAUAAAAUUAGAUCCCCCCAAAAUUAUAUUAAUUGAAUAUUUAUUUACAGUGUGUAUAUAAUGAAUGCUGUGUGUGUGUGUGUGUAUAUAAUUAAUGCAGUGUGUGUGUAUGAUGCAGAGUGUGUUUGUGUAUGUGAUGCAGAGUGUGUAACCUUGGUGGGGGGGUGGGCAUUUUUAUUUUAUUUUUUAUUAUUAUUUUAGUAUUACAUUUUGAAUUUUUUUUUUUUAAUAUUAUUAAAAUUUUUAUUUUAUUUUAAUAUUAUUUAAAAAAAAAAUUUUUUUUUACGUCCCCACUCCCUGCUUGAUACCUGGCUAGGGAGGGGGGGGCUAUAUUAUUCCCUAUUGGUCCAGUGGUGUGUACUGUGCAGGAGGGGGCCUGGGAGCAAGCUGUAACUUACCUUUACAGCAGCUCCAUUCAGCUCCCUUCUCCUCAGUUCCGGUCAGCUCCACUGUAAGUCUCGCAGUCUGAGUGCCAGACGCCGCGGCUCUCGCGAGACUUACAGUGGAGCUGACCGGCACGGAGAAGGGAGCUGAAUGGAGUUGCUGUAAAGGUAAGUUAAAGCUUGCUCCCAGCCCUCAACAGGACCGCCGGGCUUGUAAUGAGCCCAGUGGUCCUGGUCUGUAUUAUGGCAAUGUAAGUUGCCAUAAUACAGAAACUGACUCAAGUAUAAGACGAGUGGGGGUUUUUCAGCACAAAAAAUGUGCCAAAAAACUCGUCUUAUACUCGAGUAUAUACGGUAAUGUGAAUUGUUGGAAGAGACCAGAAUAAAUAACUUCACUCACUAAACAGAAACCAAAGUUGUCCUCUAACCGGCUUCUUCGUGUUCUAAGCCAACCAGAAGCCACCUAGAAUUCUUGACAUGGUCAGUGACCACAAACUGCAGAGCUGUGACUGAAUUAAUGACAGCCUCUUCUCUGCUAUUACUUGUAACAAAUAUACAAUGUGUAAGUACCAAAGCCUUUCUAUAAUUAUGCAUAAUGUGCCAUUUUAUAUGAACUGGGUUUGAGAUGGAGCAUUACAGUUUCUGCAUAUGUGCAGUUCCAGGUUACAACUGAUGAUCUGCGGGGUCUGUAACUCGAUACUUGAUUGAUUUAUAUGUGUUUUCCCGCUCAGUAAAUUGUUUGCUAUGCAUUCGUUUAACCAGUCUGAAAAUAGAUUCUUCUGUUGGAACUCACAAAUUCUAUUCCUCCGAGCCAUUGUUGGCCUUCACUAGUGAGCUUCACCUGCCAAGGAAUUUCCUUAACUAGUGAUUUCUGUUCAUUUACGAUCACCUGUCUGUAAUACCGAAUAAAUCCCCAGCCCAAAUAAUAAUUAAAUAGAAAUUAAGAAUAUUUAAAUAAGCAUUAAAAAUAUCCUUAAGUCCAGUAGUAAUCUUCGGCUUCAACUAUAUCAGAUUUUAAAUGUAUUUUUGAGUUCCUCACAGCAUAUGUAAAUAGCUGGGCACAUUGGGGUUUGAGAAAAAUGUGAAUCAAACACAAUAAUGCGAAAUUUAUUUAUUAAAAGCAAUCGUUGAAUAGGAAGAUUCUUUCUAACGUAACUAUGCUGCUGUGCUUAAUACACCGAUUUAAUUUUAAUCCGUUUGGCAGAUGCCAUUGUCAAUGAUCACUCCCACCUCCCCUCAAUACUGUUCAACAUUGUUUUAUUUAUUUAUUUAUUUAGUGGGUUUUUUGUUGUUGUUUUUUUUUCGUCUUCUCAUAUUAGCAAUACAGUGAUCUCUGUAUUGUAAUAAGUCUAAGCGUUCAAUAGUCCACUCUCCUUUAUGUGUCCACUUGUCAGUGCUGUGAGCUAUUUUCCUUGCAAAAAAAACAAAAUAAACCCGUUAUUGCAAUGUUUUUUUUUUUUUGAGCAGUGUUUCUGUUAGAAGUCCCAGCAUAUAAGAAAUGGUGCAUGAUGACUUUUUAAUUAUUGAAUAGCCAAGAAUACCUUUCUGCAUCACCUGUAGAAAUCUGCAAAUAUUGGUACCUAUGUUUCUCUUUUCCAUCAGAGAUUUGCCAGAAAAAAAUGUUAAUAUUGUGUAAAGCUAUUUUUUCAGAUUUUCUUUUUCCCACUUUCACACAGUGACACAUUGUGUGUCUGGGUGGGGCGUGAAUAACUAGUUUAAACAAAUCCAUCAUCUGGGCCACGCCAUGAAUAAGCUGAGCAUUUUUCUGCUUCCAUUUUAAUAUUUUUUUUUUCUUCUUCAAGUUUACAAAGCCAGUGGAUGUUUUAAUUUACCUUUAAAGAACAACAUUCACCUUCCUGCAGCAAGUGUUUGUGUAUAAGUCCUGUUCCUUUCUUUAUAAUCUAACUUUUUUUUAAUGUUGUAUAGGCAAAUUUCCUGGUUUAAUGUGAUUAUUUGAUCUAUGAAUUGUUUGGUAAUGAACAUUGAAUACAGAUUCUAGCAGGGCCCUCAACCCCUCUGUUUCUGUGCGUCAAACUUGUCUUGUUACAAUUACAUGUUUGUUAGUCCACCCUUUGUAAAGCGCUACGGAAUUUGUUGGUGCCAUAUAAAUAUAAUAAUAAUAUUCCCAUAAGUCUUCCUGCACUUACGGUCACAGCUCACACUAGACUAGCUUACUCCCUGAUGUCCCGACUGUCCUGUCACUAGCACUAGCAAAAAUUCAACAUGUGAACCCUGAUCCGUUUUUGUUGGAGAAUGUAUGUUGUAUGAUAGGCUGAGAGCACUGAGCUAAUACAGCGCCAGUAUGACACUAUCAGUGAGAAUUAAAAGUACAUUUUUAAAUUUAAGGCCAGAGUAGCCGAACUGAAAGCGUAGCUGACUUAGAGAAUGUUUCCAGAUCAGCUAUUUUAACCUAAAAUUUGCAAAUUACUUUCAAUUCUCACUAUAGUGAAUAAGUCUAGAGCUCCCCUGUUGCUGGGAAUUGCAUAGUCAAAGGCUCUUGAUCUAUACAUACGCUUCUUCUGUUUUGUCUGCAUAGCCUUGCAGACACCAACCUUGAAGUUUGGGAUCCCAUAACAUUAUUAAUUGUGCGAUGCUGAUGGAGUUAUUUGCCCACGGCGUGGCGGUAUGUGCAGCCACUUCAUGGCACCAUGUUCUGUGUGGGGGAAGCAAACUUCAUUUGAAUGUAUAUUAUUAUUUAUACAUUUUCUGACAGUUUUGUAUAACUUGCUUAUAACUAUGUGAAUAUGAACUUGCCAUCCAUACAGUUAAUUGAUGGCUCAUUAAAUCAAAGCUCUCUAAAUAUUUACACUGAUUUUAAACACAAUCCUCCAUCAGUAUGUAUGUGGGUGCUCCAAGCUGCAAUGAGUAUGUAAUUCACUUCCAUCGUAAAGGAGAAUUCCCAGAGAAUUUACCAUUAUGACUGUAUAUUCAUUAUUUGUGCCAGCCCCAGACUGGCUCUCAAUUUGGUGUGUUUUGACGCUUGGCUGAUUACUUCCUUCAUCGCUUUCCACUGCUUCUUGCCAACCCUCGAUAGCGUGUGCUCCUUUGUAGGUAGACAUUUGCAUAAUCUCGCAGCUCCGGGUCCUAUAAUAGGGAGACAGACUAUUUGUAACUUGCAAUAUGUGGCUUGAUGCCUCUCCGUUGAAAAGUGCCAGCUAUUUAUGGCACCUAGCGGUGCCAAGCAGCAGCUGCGUGACAAAUUAUGGAUGAUAUUGUCCUAAAACAAUGAGUGCUUUUAUAAACCCGUCCAGCUCAUCUCGUACUUACGGAGCACAUGAGCCGAUGCUGAUUUUUAUGUAAACAUGAGAAUCCCUAUUUGUUCAUUUUGAGUUUUGCACUUGGCGUUAAUAAGAAGGCUUUGAUAAUACAUUGUCAGAAUGUAACCAUUUCCCUCCAGGACUGGACAGGGAACACUAAGGAAAUGAUUUUUGGUGUCUGUGUAUUUGUGUAUAUUUUCAUACACAGUCAAUGACCACUUUCUUUAUGUUUCCAGAACAGCCUUAGUUUUUAUUCAAUGAGUUGCUGGAAACGCUUCUUUAGGAUUUUUCUCCAAGCUUACUCGCCCGGUUCCUGAAGAUUUUUGGCCACUCAUUCUGGCAGCAAGCUUCAUGUCUCAUCUCAUCCAAAGGUUCUUUUAUGGAUUGAGAUCUCCUGAAUAUCUAGGCCAUUGCAGUCACUAUCAUCUCCCUGUCAAGUCGAUGUGUGCUUUGCGAUGUGAUGCAUUGUCCUGCUGAAAAUAUCUAAAAGCUAGAGCAUUCAACGAACGCUCAAAUGGUUUUCCCAGGUCUAAUGUAUGUCAAGGAUCCAAUAACUACACCAUUACACAAAUACCUGCCCGUGUCAUUGACGCAAGAAUUAGCAGAACUUGUGGUUUACAACAAGCUGGGACCUCGCCAUCUACAUGAUGCAGCAGGAAUUGCAAUUCAUUAGGCCAGGCAAUGUUUUUCCAAUAUUCAAUUAUGAUCAUCAUGAGCCCUGUGUAGUCUCCUUUUCCUGUUCAGGAAUACACAUCUGCACAUCACGCAUUAUUUUUGUGUCUGCUUCUUGAUGUCUAACCAUUCCAUUCCUCCAAUCUGCAGAACUGCCAAUCACUUGAUGAUUUUUUGCUUAGUACGCUAUAGCAGGUUAACGGCUGUAACCACAGAGCAUAAAACAAAUCACAGGUCAACAGUUUGUUGGAACCACCAUAUCUGACCUCAACAAUCAUACCACAGUCAAAGUUGUCUUGAUCAUAUGUCGUCUUCUUCUCAGUGAAGUACCAGGCUCCUAAACGUAUUGAUCAUGUCUGCAUGCCUUAUGUGGAGAUGUCUACACAUUACUGCUGUUUGGUUAUUUUUAUUAAGGAGUUGGUGUGCCUAACACAGUGUCCACUAGGGUUUUGCAUUUGUGUCUGUCUCCCAAUAUGUGUGUCUUACUGCUGAUGUUAAUGAUGCAAAUUUUGAUUACUCCAACAAAGCACAUCUUAUAAUUGGUUCUUUAGAUUUCAACAUAGUUAUGAAAGUGAGAUAUAUUUGGUUUAAUGAUGACACGUGGUGAACGUUCUGUUUUAUCUCCAGGCUGUGUUUGUUGUGGCAUGCAGCGAUAUCGCUUCAAAUUCUUACUGAAACUGCUAGAUGGUCAUAUAUAUCCCUCGUUCUUCAUGGAUAUGUAUAAUUUGGUUACUAUAACUAUAAUGAGCUAGGAAUGUUUUUUAUUUAAGCGUGUAGAUCUCUUCUAUUCUAAAGUGCAUACUUGAUCCACACACCAUUUAGAAUAUAGGAAGGGGGGGGAAAGCACAGAUAAAAAAAAAUAUAUAUUUAAAAAAAAAAAAAUUAAUAAUUAAGUCAUGCACUUCAUGUCCAUAAAAUGCCAAACAAGAGUUAAAUGCCUUGAAUGGCUUGGUUGAACAGGUAGGACAUGCAAGUUGCACUUCAGCUGUUCUUGGGAGCAUUUGUCCUCAGCAGCAGGAGUACCAACUCUGAAGUUAUCCCUCAGUGCGCACUGCGGAGCGUUCAGAAAGAACACUGGUCUGUUUUUUGUGAUUUGAAAUGCAGGGGGAGGCAAGAGUUCUCAAGUUAGCUCACUUGCCUGGCUAACAGAAGGGACCUCCUUUAUUCUUUAAUGAUAAAAGUGCCAAUAUUCUCAUAGAAAUUAGCACUUUUAUAAAAUGCUUUUUACGUGGGAUACUUAUAGGUGUGAAUUGGUCCUUUAAAUACUUAUUGGAACACAGUUGGAUUUAUUCUCUAUAACUGGAAUUAUAAAGCAACAUCAAUGAAAUUGUGCCACAAUAGUUCAAUUGUAAAAAUCCACCAACUUCACUAUUAGUCUUUCUGUAAACAGAAUUAAGAAUUGACCAGGAAAUGUUACAAAAUAAUGGACUAUUGAAAAAAAAACAUCUAAUCAUUUCUUACUCGACUGUUAUGUCCCAAUAUCUGAAAUUCUGUUGUCUUAUUCCUGAAUUUAAUGUAUAGAGUUAUGAUUUUGCGUGUCUCAUUCUGAUAUUAUUAAACUCCUGCGUAUGUCCGUGCAUUCUGUCCCUAUAGGGAAUGUUUGUAUACAUCCUUGUAUUGCUUAUAAACUGAUUUCUCUUUUCAUUCCUCCUCUGCAGAUCAAACACGUUGUAACGUUUGGAUAUUAGACGGAGACUUGUACCACAAAGGCCUUUUAAAAUUUGCCCUGUCGGCGGACUCAAUUAGGGAUUCUGUGGCUGUGUUUGUGGGUGACAUGUCCAGACCAUGGACUAUUAUGGAGUCUUUGUUGAAGUGGUCUAGAGUUUUACGGGAGCACAUAGACAAACUGAAAAUCCCCCCGGAGGAAAUCAGAGAGCUGGAGCAGAAGAGUAAGUCAAGCUGGAGUUUAGUAGAUCCAAACCUUUCUGUUUUGCAUCAAGUCCUGCAUUGUGUACUAACCUGUGUUAGCUUAAGUAGGGGAAAUAUUUUUACAGGAAGUGUCACCUAAAUGGUGUUUGUACUAGCCUUGACCUUACUGGGGGCAAGUGCUAACACAUUUUAAAGCAGUUUAACACUAAAGUGUCCAGGCCCUGCCCAGACCCUGAAUGAGGCAUGGCUAAGUUAGAGAUUACACACUUCCUACUAGCCGUACCAAUUCAUACCUGCAAUGGAUGCUGUGAUAGGCUGAAAGCAGUCAGCUGACACUCUCCACCAAUAACGGCUGCCCAUUGCUUCUCAGGUUAAUACUUUGCUCAAACAGCACAGAGGGGAUGGGCUGCUGGGGACUCUAGUUUAACAUUAAACCAUAAAAACAUUAGAAACAGUGUAACACUGAAUAAAAGGACAGCGCCAGGGGAUUCCAGAUACUGUAACCAGUGCCUACAGUGUCACUUUAAAGAGGAACUAUUACUUCACAGGAUUUUAUCCCCUAUAUUUAACAAAUAUUUACUUGUGAGGUCUGAAAAAUAAAAUUAAAUGUAGAAAUCCACAUGUCUUUAUCCUGCAAUGGGGCACAUUCAGCAGAAAACGUACAGAGAAGAGAAAAAAUGUUUUCCAUUUCUCCUCUUUCUUUUAAUGACAAGUUAUUUUCAAUGAUGCAAUUAGCAGAUAAGUUACCGUUAUUCUGUAAGGAUGACCUGUGUGUUUCAAAACACGCAAUAAGUUUGUCCAUAACAUACAUCUACAACUCUUUGGGUGGGUGGGGGAGGGUCUCUUCAUUGGAGUUCUAGCAGCACAGACAUUGAGACUGGUUUUCUCAGUGGAGUAAAUCUCUCAAGCUGGACCUAAUGUAUUCAACACAUGGACUGAGAGGAAGCACUGUGAGACAUUUGUUCCAGAGCAAGAAAAUAUAUUUGUGAUUGUCUUGUAAUGUCCUCAGUAAUGUAGUAGCCUCCUUUAAACCAAUGUAUACAGUAAAUGGGGAAAAAAAGAUUUGGAUUUUUAUCUCCGGUGUUUGGACAUUCCCUAGAUGUGGUGUCAAAACUUUUCCCUUCAAGAGAGUGGAUUGUGUCAUUUUUACUCGACAUUUCAAUGUCACUUUCUUCAACUUGUACAUUUAGCAAUUCCAUUCAGAAUGCACAAGUAUAUAGGAUCUCGCUCCCCUCCCUGGAAAAAGAGACGAGCUGCACAUAUAGAUGUUGAGCUCCGGGGUUGAUUGCUGCACGCAGUCUGGUUUACUGCUAUCUGUUUACAGAGCCCUUCCUCUCAUUACAUAUGAUGAAUGACGGUGUGUCUGGGAAUUAAACCACUUAUUCAAUAAACCCCUGCUUGACAGGAGACAGGCAGCAUCUCACAGCAGUGCAUAUGCAGGAGCUUUGAAUCUGGACAUUUAUUAUUAUAUAUAUUUUUUUAUGCAUUAAAUUAACAGUUUAAGCACCAUAACCACUACAGCCUACCAUAGUGACUGUGGUGCCAGGAGUGCCCUAGUGCCCCCCGACAGUAAGUAGUCAAACCGUUUGCGGAUUGUUUGACAACUAGCAUGGAACGGUGCCACUGCACUCCUGGACCAUAAUCACUGCAGCAGGCUGUAGUAGUUAUGGUGCUUGGAAUGUUGCUUUAAAUAUAUAAUAUUUAAAUUAAAAUAUAUCCUGCUCUAAAAAUAGCAGAUGGAUUUUUGCCCAUUUCCUUUUAAUCUAAUUUUGAAUCCUCUUCUUUAGCACAAUAAUGGAUAAAACCUUACCACUUACUAAAUGCACAUUUGUCGCAGCAUCUUUUUAAGGCAAGUCCUUAGCUGAUACCAAAUGUUCCUUUUAAUGCUAUGUGCACACCCUUUUAUUUCCAGUAUUGUUAGUGUUAAAUACCUUUUUACAUUCCUCCCAAAGGCGGUUUUAUUCCACGUGCAAUCUUAGACGCCUCUCACAUAGCAUUUACUCAGCUCAUUUUCCUUUUCACUAAGCUGAAUCAUAGAAAUCUCUUCUCAGUCAGAUUGCCGGAAAGAAUGGUGAUCUGUGUUUUUUUUUCUUGUUAUUUGAGCUUACAGGUAUGCAAAUCAAUGUGCUGGCAUUUUCUAAAUUUGUUGGCAGUUGGCAGACCCUCCAUCCCAGCCUUCCUCCAUUGUUGCCGAGACAUAAAACCCUAUAGAUGCUGUGAAUGCUGCUGUCUCAUAUUACAAGAGUAGUAAAGCGUUCUUUAGAAAACAUAGUAAUGUAUACAGCUAUGACAUCCAGACACAUUUUCUGUGUUGUGAGAAACCUACCCUUACUGCUUGCAGAUUAGCUUACCCUGUAUCACAGGGAAACCCUUUGACUGCUUCUUAAAGGAACACUAUAAUGUAAACGUAUACAAACGUAUUCCAGACAUUGGAGUGUUAAACUAACUAUUUAGGUAACCCUCUUUGUGUAGUAAAAAGGUGUUUAAACUUCAAUCUGCCAUUUAGGAGUUAAAUCCCUUUGUUUAUGAACCCUAGUCACACCUCCCUGCAUGUGACUUGCACAGCCUUCCAUAAACACUUCCUGUAAAGAGAGCCCUAUUUAGGCUUUCUUUAUUGCAAGUUCUGUUUAAUUAAGAUUUUCUUAUCCCCUGCUAUGUUAAUAGCUUGCUAGACCCUGCAAGAGCCUCCUGUAUAUGAUUAAAUUAGAGAUUGAGAUACAAUUAUUUAAGGUAAAUUACAUCUGUUUGAAAGUGAAACCAGUUUUUUUUUUUUUUUUUCAUGCAGGCUCUGUCAAUCAUAGCCAGGGGAUGUGUGGCUAGGGCUGCAUAAACAGAAACAAAGUGAUUUAACGCCUAAAUGACAGUGAAUUGAGCAGUGAAAUUGCAGGGGAAUGAUCUAUACACUAAAACUGCUUUAUUUAGAUAAAGUAAUUUAGGUGACUAUAGUGUUCCUUUAACCUCUACCACUUCAGCUGGAAAGCUAUUCCAUGCAUCCACUACCCUCUCAGUAAAGUAAUACUUCCUGAUAUUAUUUUUAAACCUUUGUCCCUCUAAUUUAAGAGUAUGUCCUCUUGUUAUGGUAGUUUGUCUUCUUUUAAAUAUGGUCUCCACCUUUACUGUGUUGAUUCCCUUUAUGUAUUUAAAUGUUUCUAUCAUAUCCCCCCUGUCUCGGCCUUCCUCCAAGCUAUACAUGUUAAGAUCCUUUAACCUUUCCUGGGAAGUUUUAUCCUGCAAUCCAUGAACCAGUUUAGUAGCCCUUCUCUGAACUCUCUCUAAAGAAUCAAUAUCCUUCUGAAGAUACGGUCUCCAGUACUGCGUACAAUACUCCAAGUGAGAUCUCACCAGUGUUCUGUACAAUGGCAUGAGCACUUCCCUCUUUCUAAUGCUAAUACCUCUCCCUAUACAACCAAGCAUUCUGCUAGCAUUUCCUGUUGCUCUAUUACAUUGUCUGCCUACCUUUAAGUCAUCAGAAAUAAUCACCCCUAAAUCCCUUUCCUCAGAUGUUGAGGUUAGGACUAUAUCAAAUAUUCUGUACUCUGCCCUUGGGUUUUUACGUCCAAGAUGCAUUAUCUUGCACUUAUCCACAUUAAAUGUCAGCUGCCACAACUCUGACCAUUUUUCUAGUUUACCUAAAUUGUUUGCCAUUUGGCUUAUGCCUUCUGGAACAUCAACUCUGUUACAUAUCUUAGUAUCAUCAGCAAAAAGACAUACCUUACCAUCAAGACCUUUUGCAAUAUCACUAAUAAAAAUAUUAAAGAGAAUGGGUCCAAGAACAGAUCCACGAGGUACCCCACUGGUGACAAGCCCAAGCUUUGAAUAUUGAUUACAAUAUCAGUCACUCAGCCACUGCCUUACCCAUUCAACAAUAUUGGAAUCCAAACUUAAAGAUUGCAAUUUAUUGAUAAGCCUUCUAUGUGCAACAGUGUCAAAGGCCUUACUGAAAUCUAGGUAAGCAACCCUGAUCUAUAACUUUAGUUAACCAAUCAAAAAAAUCAGUAAGAUUAGUUUGGCAUGAUCUCCCUGAAGUAAAUCCAUGUUGUCUCUGAUCUUGAAAUCCAUGUGUUUUUAGAUGUUCAUCAAUCCUAUCCUUUAGCAUGGUUUCCAUCACUUUCCCCACUACUGAAGUAAGGCUUACUGGCGUAUAGUUGCCCGACUCCUCCCUACUACCUUUCUUGUGAAUGGGCACAACAUUCGCUAACUUCCAAUCUUCUGGGACUACUCCUGUUAACAAUGGUUGGUUAAAUAAAUCUGUUAAUGGUUUUGCUAGUACACCACUAAGCUCUUUUAAUAACUUUGGGUGUAUUCCAUUAGGUCCCAAUGACUUAUUUGUCUUUACUUUUGACAGUUGAAAUAGAACCUCUUCCUCUGUAAACUCACAUUUAACAAAUGACUAAUUUGUCCUUUUUCCUAACUGAGGUCCCUUUCCUUCAUUUUCCUCUGUAAAUACUGAACUUGAAUUAAUGCAUCUCUAUGGGGAAGGUUCAGCUAGAGACACUGAAUGCAGCACUAGACUAGGAAGCAUUACUAGAGGUGUUCCUUGGUUUUACUCCGCUAUUUGUCGGAAGCACCUCUAGUGGCUGUCAGUCUGACAGCAGCUAGAGGCUGCUAAUCCUGCAUUGAAGUUAUUGCCAUAUCUGCAGAACAUCAGUGUGGCCGCUGUGCCUAUAGUGUUCCUUUAAAUGUAACAUCUGGAAUUUGCGAUGGUGCCUGCUUAGGCAUUCUCUUCUCUUCUUCUGGUUCAUCCUAUAGCUAAGGAAUGGUUCCAGUUGUGUUCUCAGGACAUAGUAUUACUGAUUCUUCAAGUAUUUUAAUUGUUAAAUGAGAUUUUCAUACAUAAUUUGUAAUUUAACCCAUCAUUGAUAUUUGAGAGACCGUGAUGAGUGACCUUAAUCUUCUUGGCUGUAUUAUAUGCAAACUACGUGCUUUGUCUGUUUUUUGUAGGAAGUGUUUUUCUUUUUUUAAAGGAUCACUAUAGGGUCAGGAACACAAACAUGUAUUCCUGACUCUAUAGUGCUAAACCCACCAUUUAGGUGGCUUGCCCCCCUCCCCUCUCCCUCCCCCUUAACCCCCCUCAGAAUGGGUUUAAAACUCGCCUUAUUUUCAGCUCUCCACGGGUCUCUCCAUAGGGAAAGCAUUGGAUUGGCUAAAAUUGGCACCAGGCGGGGCCAAACACAGUUUUGGCCAAUCAGCACCUCCUCAUAGAGAUGCAUUGAAGUGCAUGGGAACGCUGAACUGCAGGGCUGCUUACUAUGCAGCCCUGAGCCAGGAAGCCCCUCCAGUGGCCAUCUAAGGAGUGGCCACUUGGAGGUGUCCCUAGGGGCAAUGUAAACACUGCCUUUUCUAUGAAGGGAACUAUUAUACUUACCAGAACUACAUUAAGCUGUAGUUGUUCUGGAGACUAAAGUGUCCCUUUAAUGUUUUAAUUUUUUAAGUCAAGUCAUAUUGUGUUUUUAAAUGAGAAUCUAAUUUAUACUCUCUGUGCUUAAAAGAAGUUGCUUUUGAGUCCAUUCAGGAUUUAAAAAAAUAUAUAAAUACAUUUUGGUGCCAAAGGAAGCUAUUGGCUCUAGAAACUGCUUACAUGUGUUAACAAUUUCCCUUAGGUGCUGACACAUUUGAAUGGUUAAGAUGAGCAAAGUAAGUGUUCCUUGUAAAUACAUAGAUUACAAUCUUGUCAACAGCCUCCUAGACUGUACAAACCAAAAGACUAUUAGGCCGCGGUUUUGGGAGCUUCUACUCCUUGCUAAGCAAACUGCGGUUUUGCAUUUAAAUUAGUUACCAGUCAUUGGAACAGGAGUUUGGCAAGAUCACAGUAACUUUAUUUGCAUCCUGACCUUAGUCUGUGUUGUCCGUUCUGUAUUAUCAAAUUUAAACAUUAGGCUCACUGUGUGGGUUUUUUUUAUUUUAUUUUGUUUAUCUUUUAAUUUUUAUAUCUAUUUUUGUGUGAGUUAUGUUGCUUAAACUCCUUUUCUCGUUAGACUUUAUUUCAUGAUAGGAAAUGUCCAAGUUUAAAAGGAAAAUUCAAUUCAAUUUUUAAAUAGGAAGCAAGUUAUAUGCAGCUCACACUUUGAAUGCUGUGCAUAGCUCAUAGGUCAGUCUGGGUCCACUAAAUGUAGUCCCAGGUAUUGAUUGAUACCUGUGUCUUCUUGGUAUGAGCAGGGAUUGAACCCUCUUCACACCAAAUUGUGUUUCAAGGCAUUUAAAUACCCAUUUAAAAGGUUGUGUGCAGCGCUAACUUUGAGCGCUGCACACAGUUUGUUCAGUUUGGAGCCACUAAAUAUGCCUCCAGCUGAGCAUGGAUUUAACAUUGGGGAUUUAACGUUGGGGUGUCAUUAUGCCUUAAUCGCAUGUUUUGUAGAACAAAAUCACGUAUCCUAACAUUGUGAAGAGGUUAACAAAAUGAUCACAGUGUAAAUGUGAAAAAACCCAAACAUUAGCAAGUUGUUUAAUUCGUUUUACUGAUUAUAUGGCAUGUUAUCUCUCCAGCCAGUCUGCUCUGUUUACAUACAAAUUUCCUCUGCUAGUUCUCCCGGAAUUUGUCUAUAAAGCUUAACUAUUGGCGCCUACUCAGUCAAGUAAUAAAUUCUGAAAAGAUUUUUGAAGUGAUAGAGUUAUGACAGCAUUAUGUCAAUGCCGUAUUUUUGUCUCUGCCAUGUAUCAAUAACUGUUCGGUGCAUUAGUCAACCACUAAUUGUUCUGUCCCUAUUUUUCCAUACACAAGAUUGAUAUUUUUUAGGUGUUUUCGGUCCACUUGUUUAGUUUAUAUACACACUUUGUGUUCCGUCAUCGAGACUGUGACAUCUCCCAGAUCAAUAUAAAAGGUGUUUGCAUAUGGAUAUUUCCAGAUUGAUUUCAGUUUUACAACAGGCUGUAUACAAUCUGUUAAUUGUGAUUAAACUGCAUUACUUUCUGAUCACUGGUCUUCUUUAUGACUCUAUUCAGAGUUCUGAAAUAUUAAAUUUACACUGGAUUUUUUUUUUUUUUUUUUACAGUUGUUAAAGACUUCCAGGAAUAUUUGGAACCAGAAGAUUCAUCUGUAGGGUCACCACAGAGAAGAACUGUCUCAGAUGAGGACAACAUCAUCCUUCCGCUUGGGGACAAUAUCCUCACACAUAAUCUUGGCAUUCCUGUGCUAGUUGUCUGCACCAAGGUGAUUAUGGGAAAUGUUUAUUUUUCUUUUUUCUUCAACCUUUAAAAUCCAAGCUAGAAAGUCUCUAUCCCUGUGCAUCCUUUUAUUGCAGCCCUUGCUAGAUCUCUCCGUUUGGGCAGAUAAGGCUGACGGGAUAUCCCAGCAGAAAUUACAGUCAGUCAUGACCGCCAACCAUAUGCUAUGCAAAUGCUAGAGGAGUAUAGAAGUAAAGGAACGCAGGUAUACAAAUUUGUAUUCCUGACCCUAUAGUGUUAAAAACACUAUUUAGGUGACCGGCCACACCAUGCCCUCUUAAAAAGUUAAUAAACUUACCUUUAUUCCAGCACUGCACUUGGCUCCGCCCCUGAUGGUCCUCCACCCCCAUGACUGAGAUCAUUAUAACUGGCAAUCUCAGCUAAUCCAAUGCUUUCCUAUGGGAAAGCAUUGGAAUGGCUAAGAUCGUCAACUCUGAUGAUCUCAGCCAAGGAGGCAGGGAGGAUGUGGAGCCAAACACCACGCUGGUCAGUCAGCAUUGCCUCAUAUACAUACAUUGAAUACAUGCAUUUAUUUAUGAGGAAUGCUCAGCGUCUCCAUGCACAGAGUGGAGGCGCUGAACGUGCAGCACUGACCCACGAAGUAUCUCUAGUGGGCGUCUGACUACCACUAGAGGUGUUACUAAGCAGUAAUGUAAACACUGCCAUGUCUCUGAAAAGGUAGUAUUUACAUGUAAAUACAUGCAGGGACAGACUAUACUCACCAGAACAACUACAUUAACCCCUUAAGGACCAAACUUCUGGAAUAAAAGGGAAUCAUGACAUGUCACACAUGUCAUGUGUCCUUAAAGGGUUAAGCUACAGUUGUUUUGGGGAGUAUAGUAUCCCUUUACGAUAUUGCUACUUUCCACUGUAAAGAAGGGCAAAUCUAGUCUGCUCACAUGGGAAUCUGGUAAUAACGGUCACAAUGAUUGCUUUACUGAUUCUACUCAAACAUAUCCUUCACGUUAAUCAAUUUCUACUUUGUUUUGUAAAUCACUGAAAUCUGUAUUAUUGGUCUCAUUGAAAUAUUUCAUUUACAGUGUAUAGCUCAAUCGCUGCCAGUUCCUUUUUGCAAAGCUAAUAAUAUUCUCUGCAGGUUUGCUGCCCUCGAGCGGAGUGGGUUGGUAAACAUGUUGAACAAAGGACAUGAUUUUAAAUGUAAUAUACACGCGUACAGGGCUCGACAUUUCCACUCAACAUUGGCGAAUAGAAAGUGACCCCUGCUCGGUGUGCCAUGGACCCUCUAGACUUGCUAUUUGGAAUAAUAAAUGAAAAAAACGAAAAAAAUAAACCUUAUUCUUAGGGUAUUGCUUUUUAGAUUUGUCAUUAAAGGGAUCUAAGGAGAAUCUGAGAAUGUAUUUUUGGGGAAAGCUAUAACUGUGUCUCAGUCUCUAUGGAAACCAAUAAUAUGUCCCUGCUUAUUGCUCCACAACUGAAUUGGUCACUAUGGAAACCAAUAGAAUGUUCUUGCUGAUUGCUGCACAGUUGAAACAAUCACCAUGGAAACUCAUAAAAUGUCCCUGCUGAUUGCUUCCUUAUUGUCAGUCUGCCCCAUAAAUGCUCUUUGCAUAUACAUAUCCAAUAAAGCCUUUCUCUGUGUAUGGGUAGUUCUGGGCUUAUAUUAACCACAUACAAUCCCAGCGGUAUUAGUGUCAUUCAGCACUGCGGUGACAUUUUUAAAAUCACUUUAAUAUCAAAGAUAUUUAAACACUGCUUAGUUACUGUUUCUGUGUGUUGUGUUCCAGUGUGAUGCAGUGAGUGUGUUGGAAAAGGAGCACGACUACAGCGACGAGCACUUUGACUUCAUUCAGUCACACAUCCGGAGGUUUUGCUUGCAGUGUAUCCUUUUCACAGCUUUUAGUUCUUGUCAUGUGACCAGAUUAUCACUUUCUCUACUGUUCUACCAGUAUCUGCUAUGAAUGGGGCUAGUGUAGGGACAGCUAUGUGAAUGCUAAAAGAAGAAUACACCAAGCAGCACAAGUAUAGCUCUCAGAUCCCAUGCUAAUCAGCCUUGACAUCAGUAGCAUCUGGCUUUGGUUCAUGAAAUCGCGUUAAGCUGUCAGACGUCCCCUCCUCCUAGUGUCUGCUUCUCUGUUUGCAGAGACCGGACUUUGUCCCAGGUGUAAAACCCGAUGUGUACAAAAUCUGCAUCCGGCUCUUGCUAUUUCUCAUAGCAUGCUCUUGGUGACUUCUGUUAUUUAGUUUUAAUUACAUUUAGUGUGUAUUGUUUUAUUUUUUUUAUUAUUAUUAUUAUUAUUAUCUGAUUAAACACCUAAAGAGUCCAGUAAGCAACUAAUACGAGCAUUUAUCUGAUUAAUUGUUUGUUACCGAAUAAAGAAUUCACUAUUUUUUUUAAUGCUUUGUAUUAAUAUUUUUUUGAAGGAUCACUAUAGGUUCAGGAACACAAACCUGUAUUUCUGACCCUAUAAUGCCAACGCCACCAUUUAGGUGGCUUGACCCCCUAUAAAAGUUUAAAACUCACCUUAUUUCCAGCACUGCGUGGGUCCGCCGGCGCGGCCUCUGCCCCCUUUGUGACAUCUCUGCCCCCUUUGUGACAUCAUCAAAAUGGGCGAUUUUAGCCAAUCCAAUGCUUUCCCAUAUAAUUGGCACGGGGCGCGGCCAAAUGCCGUUUGGGCCAAUCAGGACCUCCUCAUAGAGAUGCAUUAAAUCAAUGCACCUCUAUGAGGAAAAUUCAGCGUCUCUAUGCAGAGUGUGGGAACGCUGAACGGCAGGGCUGCCUACUGUGCAGCCCUAAGCCAGGAAGCCCCUCCAGUGGCCACUUGGAGGUGUCCCUAGGGGCAAUGUAAACGUGUUUACAUCAAAAUGCCUGAAGAAAACUAUUAUACUCACCAGAACAUCUACAUUAAGCUGUAGUUGUUCUGGUGACUAUAGUGUCCCUUAAUUUUAAAAUUCAGUAGUGUACAGCAGGAAGAUGAAAAGUAUAACUAAUUAAUGACAAGUGGUGAGACGAGAUAUAGAGGAUCCUGUUCCAUACCUUCCGAAUUUAUAAAUGGACACUUUAAAUUUUAGGGGUGGGAGUGAGGUACUGCCAAGAACAAUGUAUCUUAUUUACACAAACUGAUUUCUGAACACUUUUUUUUAUUGUAGUUUAAAGACACAUUACUUGGGAGUGUUAUUGUUGUGGAGCUCUGUUUUACACUCAGACACACCAACAAUGUAGAGCUCCUAGAAAAGAGGGACACAGGGAUUGAAAAGGACAGAGGAAUAUGGGUCAAAAUAGGGACUGUCCUUUCUAAAUAGGAGCAGUUGGGAGGUGUGUGGUACAAGUGAGCGUUUCGGUAGAGUGUUUUUUUGCAGAGUAGGGUAUUCUGAACAUGUAGCAGCCGUAGAGAAAUCUUUUAAGUGAACGUUUUAGGAUGGGGAAGCAAUCAGAGCACAAAUGAAGGUCUGGAGGGAUGAAAUGGGUAGUUCCUAAUUAAGGCAGUAAAGUACCUUGUAUUCAUUUGUACAGAGGAAGGACAUGCUUUUGAAUUCUUAAAUAUAUAGGUGGACUGUAUAAGGAUUGACAAAAGGGGCAAGGCUUGAGAGGACCUGUAGAUAAUGUUAAGCUUGGCAGGAUUCAUUACAGACUAUUAGGAGGUUAAUGUAGAUAUAUUUAUGGCAAUGUAGAUCCAUAUAGAUUAUGCAGUCCCGGUGCGCUCAGUCUAUGAUUGCUAUACAACUUCUGUUUUUUUCUUAGUGUAUGACAGCAAAGGGGCUGUCAGAAGUUUAGUAAUGGAAAAACACCAUUUAUUUAUUUAUUCAUUUAUUUGUCAAACUGUUAUAAAACAGACGGACUGCACCCAAAUUCUUCUUUUAAUAUUGCUUUUACAACAAGCCAGAGUGGCUAUGGUGCUUUGAGUGUCCAUUUAAUCGUCUUUAGUCACAAUAACACUUAUAGGAACACUAUAGUCACCUAAAUUACUUUAGCUAAAACAGUUUUAGUGUAUAGAUCAUUCCCCUGCAAUUUCACUGCUCAGUUCACUGUCAUGUAGGAGUUAAAUCACUUUGUUUCUGUUUAUGCAGCCCUAGCCACACCUCCCCUGACUAUGACUGACAGAGCCUGCAUGAAAAAAAAAUGGUUUCACUUUCAAACAGAUGUAAUUUACCUUAAAUAAUUGUAUCUCAAUCUCUAAAUUGAACUUUAAUCACAUACUGGAGGCUCUUGCAGGGCCUAGCAAGCUAUUAACAUAGCAGGGGAUAAGAAAAUCUUAAUUAAACAGAACUUGCAAUAAAGAAAGCCUAAAUAGGGCUCUCUUUACAGGAAGUGUUUAUGGAAGGCUGUGCAAGUCACAUGCAGGGAGGUGUGACUAGGGUUCAUAAACAAAGGGAUUGAAUUUCUAAAUGGCAGAGGAUUGAGCAGUGAGGCUGCAGGGGCAUGUUCUAUACACCAAAACUGCUUAAUUAAGCUAAAGUUGUUCAGGUGACUAUUGUGUCCCUUUAAAGCCAUGCUUGAUUUAGAAUGUGUAUGUGCUGGAUUUCCUUAAAUAGUUUUUGCUAGAUGGAGCUGCCUUAAUUUAUACGUCUGUUAAGGAAGAAAAGAACCUGGAUUUGUUAUACAAGUAUAUUGUACAUAAAGCCUACGAUUUCCACUUUAACACUGCUGCCUUAGUGGUGGAGAAGGAUGCUGUAUUUAUGUAAGUCCAUUUCAUAUUACAUCACUCAUUUUCAUGCCCCUUUCUCUAUGUUCUAUAAUUCAUAUAUUGGUGAUUCCCAGCCCAGCCUUCAAGUUAUAGCAGGUCUUUUCAGUAUUCACUUUGAAUAAAUUGGGAAAUUCAUAAAUUCAGACCUGUUGGUGUGUUCGUAUUAAAAGGACACUCCAGGCACCAAAACAACUUAAUCUAAAUUAAGUUGUUAUGGUGCGAGGAGGCACUCUUACUCAAGGGGUUUUACCCAUUUUGAACAGUUUAACCCCAAAGUUGCCUCCAGCGGCGGUCCCAACUCCCCCCCCAGGCGUCAUCCGGUUUCUGAAGGUUCACUUUCAGGAAGUGUGGAGUGCCGCCGCUGAUUGUCUGUCUGAGAACAGCCAGCUGACGAUCUCAGCCAAUGAGUGACUCCCCAUUCACACAACUAAAAGAAAUGUACUUUUUCGAAGCCAGUUUUGUGAAGGGGGGUCAUUGAUUUGCUGAAGGCUUUAGCUUUAGCUGCGCACCUGGCUGGCGGCACUCCACACUUCUGAAAGUGUAAUUUCAGAAGCUAGCUAUCACCUCUGGAGGCAGCUUUAUGUUAAACUGUUCAAAAACGGUUUAACCCCUUCAGGUAAGAGUGCCCCUGGGGGCCUCCUGACACCAUAACAACUUAAUUUAGCUAGAGCUGUUUUGGUGGCUGGAAUGUCCGUUUAACAGUAAUAAUAGUAUUUUGACACAUGUAAUUAUGUGCUGUGCAGCCUAAUUAGCCAAUGUAAAUACAUUAACCCUGUUCACCUUCCCUCUUAGUCCUGCUGGUUGGGACAACGAGAAAAAGAUUGGGAUUUUGCAUGAAAAUUUCUCAACCGUUAAGCCUGAAGAUGCCUAUGAAGAUUUUAUUGCGAAGCCUCCUGUUAGAAAGGUAACCCAUGCUCCUGUGUGUGUGAGCUGUGUGAAACUGCUGCGUUUCGCUUUCUCCAAGUUAACAUGUGUAUGUCUUGGCAGUUGGUUCACGAUAAGGAAGUCGCUGCUGAAGAUGAACAGGUGUUCCUAAUGAAACAGCAGGUAUGUUGAUUUAUUUAGUUUUCAUGUUAACCAGUUAUGGCAACUCUUAAUUUCUUUACAAAAUGCAGGCGAGAUAUAAUACGCCUUGGUAGAAGAUUAAGAUACUAAUAGUUCACCAACAUUUAUUGUUUGUGAUUUUGCAAUUGUUCCUGGGCUUUUGGUUUUAAAGUAACAUAAUUAGCUUUUUAAAGUGGUCACUGAUUUUCUUCUUUUGUCAGUCACUGCAUAUGACAUUUAUAUCAAUCCCUUUCAAUUUAAAGGGAUACUAUAGGCACACAGACUACUUCAGCUCAAUGAAGUGUUCAGGGUGCAGUUCCCCUGUUGUUUUUAGUCCUGCAGUGUAACCAUUGUCUUUUCUGAGAUGCCAGCCACCAGAGGCGAUUGCACUGCUAUAACAGAGUUCGAUUCGGUUAUGUGGCGCUCAGUGUCCUAACUCAUUGCAUGAAUACUUCGAACGUCCUCUAAUGCUGAUCAUAGAGAAACAUUGGAUUCAGUGCUUCUCUAUGAGAAAUAUUGGAAAACAAAGAAGCGACUCCUGAGGGAUAUUAUCAUGGGAGUGGGGGCAGCUACACCAAGUCUAGAAGCUGGAAAAAAGGUAAGUAAAAAAUCUUUUAAAAUUUAAUUGAAGGGGAACCAAUAAUCUAAAUGGGGAGUAGGGCACUACAGUGUUGGGUAUACAUAUUCAAGAUGUAGGCUAUUUCAAGUUGGACUUGAAUAUUAAAAACACAUUAGUGCGGAAUUUGCUGGUGCCUUAUAAAUAAUAAUAAUAAUGUGAUAAAUGUUGGAAAUAAGAGAUGAAAGGAGCAAUUUGACUAAUUCUAUUUCUAAUUUAGAUUUUUCUUUUUGCAGUCUUAUCUUUCAAAGCAGCCAGCCACUCCUACAAGAGCUUCAGUAAGUAGUUAUGGUUUUAUGAAGUGCUCAAAUACCAAAAUAUUGUUUUCCCAUGUCAGGACAAUGUUGAUGAUUUCUGUCAAUAAUCUCCCAUUAUUUUUCACGUGCAUUCUGGUGUUUUGGUGCCCUAAAAGUAAUUCUUCGUGACAAAUAUCCUGUGAUAUAGUUAGUUGAGACUUAUUGUUGUUUGCACCAGGUGUUAAAGGACACUCUGUACAACCCUCAAUUCAAUGUACAAUUUUUAUAAAUCUUGGAUCUGAAAUAGAAGGCCAAUUAGAGAAAUAGGGGAAGCAGUUUUCAAUUGCUCUCUUUUCUUGUUCUCAAAGCAGCGGUCUGUUCCACUAAUUCUGGGGAGAGAACGUACUCUCUGCCAAAGUGGUAUAUAAACACGAAGAACUAUUUUACAUUCUAUUACAGUGUGUAACCACGUUUUGGAGAUUUGGGAUUUUUUUUUUGACACAGCUUCUUUAAAAGUAGCCUGUUGUCUGUACAGUGCUAAUGUAAAGUGCAUACGAUUUAAAAAAAAUAAUGUAUUUAAAGAUUGAGAAUGGCUUAAUUUGCACUACUAAAAUUGCAAGUAAACGUAGAGUUCCAAACCAUAACUACUGCUUGGCUAGAAAUCUGCAUAUACAACCUGGAAAUACUUUGUUUGCCAAGUUUAGUCAAGUUAUGUUUCCCUUUGUGUUGCCGAUCUCUUGUACUAAAACCUAGCCUGAAGAGUUUUAUAGGGGGAAUCGCAACUUAUUUCUCUUGUCUUCAUUGAUGUGCAUGGAGUGGAAACCCGUUCAGUCAUUUUUUAUUCCACUUUUUAGUAAAUAGACCUACCCUUUGCCUCCUUUGUUAUUCUGGCAGGCUCCAUUCACAAUAUAUUUAUAGGGGUGAUGACUCUUGUAUUGUGGCAUUAAACUGUUAUGUGAAUGUUUGUCAGAAUACUCCUUGUAUUUACAUGGAUCAGACCCAGAGCAGCAUGACAGUCACAAGCAAAGAAGUGUGCGCUCUUAUACAGAACCGUUAUUCAACUUAUUCCAGCCUCACAGCAUUAACUCUAUGACUGCUGAGAGAGGCCUAGUGCUCUCUAUGGGAAUGCUUCUUAGUGCUUAUUCCAGACCUAUUGGCAUGGAAUUGCCUGAUAUUUCCUGUCCGUGAUUACACAACAUGUUCUCCAGCUCGUAACCUAUAAAAAGAAUCUAAAGUUUCUAAGAAAUAUAUUUGUUAUAUAUUAUGCAUGUAAUCUUAAUGUAGUUUAUAUUUUAAUGUCUGACUGACUUGGCACAAGCAGAGCAUACUAUGUAAAUUAAUUUAACAUCCAUGGUGCCAUUCACAUGUACGCCACUAUAGAAGAAAUGGCUAAACAUGCAUACACUCCUAUGGCAUUUCUCAGCAAAUGCCUGAUUGCUUAUUUGCAAGUUUGGUGCUUAAUGGGAUGAAGACCUCUUGCUGUGUAAUAAAGUGCUGCAGGUAUGGGGUUAAGCAGGCAAGUGUUUGUUUAUUUUGGCAUAGCAGAUCUUUUGUAACAAAUACAUAUCUAUGUUAUAAUUUUUAAUAUAUUUUUCCCUUUUUUUUGUUUGCAGGAGUCCCCAGCCCGGGCUCCCACCGGAUCUCCCAGAACACCAGGCCGCUCUGGUGCCACCACUGUGCCCAGUUCUUCACCUAUGGCAACGGUCAAAAAGCCAGAUCCAAAUAUGAAAAGUAAGUCCAUCACUUCAGAAUAUACAUUGUAUAUUGCAUGGGUGCUAGUAAUGCGGGGAACAUACUGAUUGCAUCUCUCUCUUUUGGGAGAGCCCAUAGGUUAUUUUAAAAUGUAUGUAGCAGUAAAUAGUAGAAUUCUGUAGCAGGCAGAAUUAAAUCAAAUCAUUUUCUUCCAUCCCUUUCUCUCUCAGCCAUAUCCUAUUCGAUUUAAAUACCAAUAAUAAUAAUGCUGAAUAACUUUUUUUUUGAAGCACAAUAUUUUUUCCCUAAAUAUGUUGCUCAGAAUUGUCUUCACUUAUUUGAAAAAAUUGAAUUUUCCCAGCAAUUGAAUGUAAAAUAAGUUGUCUACUUUUACUAACGUAUGUUUUUUCUCCUGACCUCCCUCGUUGUAUUCACAUUUGCUAUGUCCUCCUCGCACAUGUUCAGUAAUUCUUCCCUAAAAACCAGAUUUGAGAUUACUUUUCUGGAUGAAGAGGGGGGUUUCUCAUCUGAAAUUAAAAUUAGGGGUUGAGGGGGUGGAGGGGUGUGGGAGGGGGAGACUAUAGUGCCAGGACAACAACUUUUUUUUUUUUGGCACUGUAGUUUCCCUUUAAGUUUAAUCUUUGCUUUGUAUUCUAGUCAGCUCUGUGUAUGUGUAUAUAUGUAUGUUUCAUUAUGGAAAUUCUAUUUACCAUAUUCCAAUGGUGACUUCCUUGAUCCUAGCGAUUUCACAGUACAAGCUGGUACUGUGCUAGUGUGUAGUCUCUGGAAACACUUGAUAUAAGCAUCACUAAUUGAAAAGUGGUGCUUUUCAGAAGGGUCCUUUUACAGAAGGGUCCUCACUUGCAAAUCUAUGGAAAAACCUUUCUGUAAACUUUGUUUAACUUUUCUACUAGCCUCACUUUUAGCCAAUCCAUUCCAUAGACCGAGUAUGUGUCUUUGCAAACAUCACCAAAGCAUCACUUAACUUUCCACAUAACUCAUCUGAUCUCAAAUGCCAGAGUGGCAUGCCUCACCUCCCCAAUUAGUGUUUUAACUUUCAUGUACACCCUCGUGUUUCAUUGAUGCUCUUACAUAACACCCACAGAUGCAGCCGCCAGUGAAGGUGUCUUGGCCAGUUUCUUCAACAGCCUGCUGAGUAAAAAGACUGGAUCCCCUGGAAGCCCUGGAGGAACGGGUGCAGCGGGAACCAACGCGCAAGGUUCUGCCAAAAAAACAGGUAGGUCAAAUUUUAGCUAGUGCAAUAAUUACCAUAUUUUUCAGAAUAUAAGACACACUGGAACAUAAAGAUGCACCCAUAUAUUGUGACUAGAAAGUUAGGGGAUAAUUAAUAAAAUAAUCUGCACCAUAAUUACAGUAAAGUUUAGUUUAUAGGUGUAGAGGCAUGUAGCGUGUGGGUAUUAGGGAUGUAUGUGUUUAUAGGGGAUGUAGUGUACGUGUGUGAGUGUAAGGGAUUCAGUGUGUGGAUCUAUAGUGAAUGCUUUAUAAUGUUCUAAUGGGGGGACAUUUAACCAAUGAGACAAUUACAGAUUGUUAAAGGUAGAAGAGGUUGAGGAGGUCCUUUGAAGUGAGGUAAGUGGCUGAGCAGAGUAACAAACACAUGGUAGUGUUAACUGUGUUUCAAAGGUCCACUUUAACCUUUUCUCUGCCAAAGUGCAGUGAUGCUCUCCCUUUGGUGCCAGAGAGUAACUCUGCCUUGCACAGCUCCCUAUUGAACUGACAUUAUGACACAUUUAUCAUACCUUGCUGUCCUUGCUUAUAAAAAAAAGUUUCUUCAUAACGGAUAGGGCAUGUCCUAUCGAUAAAGGAAAUGUUUGUACGGUAACUUCAGCCUCUUUAUGUUAUACUUUUCUUUAUAAUUUAAAAAAAUAUACUAGGGCGGACAGGAAAACAGGCGUGCUGUCUGAUAGACGCACUCAAUGCUACAAUGGACAUGUAAGGUCCUAAAAGGAGUAUUGGCCUCCUGUUAUUGAAAAUGCGAGAGAAUACUGUCAUGCACAAUGUAACAAUAUAUUGUAAUAUUAUGAUUCAUUAUGUUUUCAAUGUAAUGUACUGCCUUGGAAUAAAUAAAGAAUAAUAAAAAAAAAGUUUCUUCAUUAUAAAGGAGACCUUGAGGCGUAUUUGUAAAAUAAAUCAAUACUAACUCUUGUAUAAACUAGUGCAAUGCAUUUGUUUAUUUUUUUAUAACAGCCAGUAAUACUAUAUGAUUCUAUUUAUUGAAGAGAAAAAAAAAGGAUAAGAAAGGUUAUCAACUAUCUAUGAAGUUUUGUAUGAGACGUAUAAACAAGCCAUUUUUAAAGUCUUCAUGUUGUUUCUGUUGUUCUUUUUGGCACAGGACAGAAAGCUGUACUAACCAACGUCCAAGAAGAGCUGGACAGACUGACACGCCAGCAGGAAGCUGUAUUAGCCAACUCUUCCCCGUCUGAAAACGAGGCCUGAUCUGCUUGGAAAGCUUACGAAUACAAAACACUUAUGUAAAUGACCAAAUAAUAAUGAUGUAUAACGAACUGAAGAUUCUGUGGCUGCUCUGACACAGCGGAUACUGUAGGCUUCCACCGUGGAAAGAGGCAGGCUUAACAGCUUGUCGCAAGCGUUACACGCCCUUACAGGAAGUUACCUAAAACAUGUCACCUGAUUAACCUCUUGUGCAGGAAAGCGCCCGCAUCACUCUGUUUCUCUGCACUUUGUGAGCACUUAAUGGGCUGUAUUUGCAGGCUAGCCCACUUCCUAAGGGUUUAACGAUUCUUCGAUUCUCAGACGGCGAUUUCCUGUUUAGUUUUUAAACAGACUCUGCUGUGUUACAUCCUUAAAGUUAUAGGCGGAGCAGCAAAAGGGAGAUGAGCGUUAGAAUGUUGGCCAGAAGUAGCGAGGGCUCUAGAAUGUCGGGGAUGGAGGGUGGAUGUGAGUUAGAAUCAGAAACCAGUGCGUUUAACACCACUCUUCUUCUUUUUUCCCCCUUCCUUUUUCUUACACUUCUCUUGGGAUGCUUUUUGGAAAGGGGUACAGUAAUCUUUGUGUUUGCUGUUGCUUCAAAUUAACACCAAAUCCCUCCCCAUCUAAAACUGAAACAAAAUGACAAGAACGUCUUUGGGGGGUUGUAACAGGGAAAAAAUACGCUGGGAUUACAUGCAGGGAUACAGUAUGGUGGAAGGAAUGCUGGGUUAAAGAAAGUGUCUGCUCAGUUCCAAGUGCCUGGAACAGUUCAGGAUGUACCACUAGGAGGCGCUUGAAAUAAUUAUGCACUGUAUUAACGGUCACCUUUUUUAUUUAUGUAUGCAUAUACACACAUGCGCAAAUGCUCUUGCAGAAACAGGCUUCCUAUAGUCUGUUCUCAGUUCUACGUUAUACACUCUCCUACUAACUCUUUGUUUCUGCAUGUGUUACAGACCAGCUAUUUUAUUUUUAUUUUAUUGAAACAGACUUGAUUUUGAAGUUACUUGACAGCCGCAGUAGCACAAAUAUAUAUAUAUAAUUUUUUUAUUAUUUUUGUUUUUUUUUUUUUGCAUGGUAUUUUAAAAACCACAGGAAAUGUUCACUUCACAAAUGCCAAUGGCAUUGCUUCACAACAACUUCCAAACAGAAGGUAUCUAAUUCACAAAGAAUAGCAUUGUUUUUAAAAAAAAAGCAUAAUAAAACAGGACCAGUUUCCCCAGAGCCAUGUCAGGGAUGCUGUAAAGUGAAUGUUGUUCUGCAGGGUUUAUCAAAGGGGUUGCCAACAGCAGGAGUAGCUGUUGAGAACUAACAUUACCUUUAAGGUUGGAAAAGCAUCAUGGGGAUUAUAGGUUUGUAAUAGCUGCAGGGUUAAUCUUUUGGCCAACCCUGAUUUACAGAUCCCUUGUUAACCCUUCUACCUGCUUCUGUGGCUGGCGGAUCUUGUGAUUGUUGCAGCAAUUGGGAGAGCCAUAAAAGACUAUCCUUAAUUCACAGCAUCUAAAGUGCACUUUGCUGCUUCUUAACGGCUCCAGGCUACAUUCAUGGUUUAUCAAGGCAUUUUCCAUAGCCCAGUGGGGUUAAUACUUUGGAGUGCUUUAAAAUACAGUGGAUGAAGGGUAUAUAAUCUGUCAAUCAAACAUUUCCCUGUCUUCAUUAACACACGACAUGUUCAGCAAAGCUUUGCGCUAAACCAAGUACAUGAAGUCCCUUUCCUGUCUAGCGAUCUGUUCGAUUAGUUUUUUGUAAAUAACACCACCACUCUUGCAUAGGUAAUGUGCAAACCACACUUACUUGUAGGUUCACUUGCUUAAAUCCUGUGAUUUAACGCUCGCGGUGCCAUGGUAUAUGGAAAACUCUCUCUUCUGACACUCAAAUGGUUAACAGUUUCUCAACAACAACAAAAAAAUGGCCUACCUUUAUUUAACUGGCAUUUGUGUGGUUAAAUAGCAGGGCACUUUCCUAACUCCUGUUUCCAUGUACUGGAAGUGUUUUGAUAGAAUGUAAAAUGUGUUAAAAAGAAGCUUUGUGUAAAGACCACUAUAUAUAAAUGUUAAUGCUUUUUAUUUUUAUUUUUUGCAAUGUCCAAUUUGAAUAUAUUUUAAACACUAUCUAAUUUACUAAAAGUACAUAACAACCUCUAAAGUCAUAAUUUCCUAACUCUAGUCUUCUUAAUAUGGAACGAUUUCUGUAUUUAGUGUUAACUGUAUAUCUGCCAAGCAAGACUACUAUAAAGGUAGAUGUACUCUGUGUAUAUGUGAUGCAGUUCUUUAGGGUGUACUUGAUCAAGCAGAGAAGGAUUAAGAUCCCCAAAUGCCCAAGGCAGGUUACCUGCUAUGGGGGGCCCCCAUUCUUCACAUAGGGAUGGUUAAUGGAACCAGUGAAAUUCAUGGUGCCGGGGCCCCAUUCUAACCUCCUGGGCUGUAGGAAGUCACUGUAUAGUUAGUCCUGCUAUGUGACAUACAGUGAGUUCAACACCUCAGGAUAAAUCUAGCUUAAAGGAGCAAUGAAAUUAUGACUGAUAUGUCUGUACAUUUUCUUUUUGUUAUUAAUAUUAUUGCUAUAAAACAAUAUAGGCCAGUGGUCGCUUACAUUGGCAUCGCAAAUGUUUAGGAGCUUCGUUCCUCCAUUACGCUCUGGAUAUUUGUGAAACUGCACUAAAUUAUCAGUAAUGCAUUAAUAUAAUUUGCUUUUAUGUAGAUUAACAUGCUGAAAGAUCUAAUAGCUUAGUAAAAACUAUGAGAUGUGCUUGUUCUGUAUUUUACAAUUAGAUAAGGCCAAGUCUUUUUUUUUAAAAAUGGGAAAUCAAUGUCACAGACUGGAUUUGGAGAAUGGGGGGAAGCGUUAAAAUAAAAGCUGGACUCUGAUUUACUUUUAAGCCAAUUAUAUUCCGAGCUAAAUUCAAAGCACGGUCAGUGACCUGCAAAUGCAGAGUUCUAAUGGAUGCCCACUAGUGGUUAUUCACUAAUGUGUCAAUUGUUGUGAAUUAAAAAGUUUAGGUCAAAAGAGAAAUGUUCCAAUUCUCAUAGCUAGGCCCAAAGUGGAAUUCACUUUAAAUUUGCCAAGAAUUUUACACCAUUUGGAAACAAUUCACUAUCCUGGUGUAUUAGGAUAUAACUCUUGGACAGCUAUGUCUGUACUACAAGUCUUCACAUCUUUAGCCUCUAUUUUCAUUUCUUUUCAAGAGUGAUUGAGAUUUUAGUCCAGUAUUAGGCAGAGAGUUACUAUUAUAUCAUAUCAAAAAGGUUAACCAGAUAAAUAUACAACAUUCCUUUUCUAAAAGAUUAGAACUAAGUAUACUGUUACCUUACUAGAAGGAGGAAUGAAGCGGUUAUUAUUCUUUUAUAAGUAUUCUUUAAAAGUAAAGUUGCUUCAGGAUUUCCAAAUGCAUGUAGGUACACUCCAAGUACAUGAAUACAGUGUAAGGCUUUUUCUUGUCCCUGUCUUCUAGUGUGUUAUUUUGUCAUAGUAGCAGUAAUUUGCUUAGUAGUGUCAUUCAUGUGUUUUCAUGAAUGAAUCUACUUGGACAGCUGAGCCACAUAUUUUAAGAACCUAUGCUAAGCAGAUGGUCAUGAGAUGUGUGUCAUGUAAAAGUUAGGAUUGGCUGAGAUUACUUGGCCACUUCAUGAUCCCUCUAAAAUAGAUGUUAACUAUUGGCAGCAAACCGUGCAUGUUCAGAACUGUACAAGUCAAAAACAAAAUAGCUUGCCCUUGCUCAGACCUCCAACAGGUUUUUGCCCACGUGUGCCAUUAGAGAGUUUAGACGUAUCUUUUAUUUUUCUUGUUUUUUUUAAUGCCUUAUCUCUAAAAUGUGCUAAAAAUGAGGGUCUGCUCUCGCCAGUAUCUUAACUUGGAGCAACAUAUUAACAGCUGCCUCCUGAAAAACUUUCAAAUUGUUUUGACAUUGAUUUUCAUGCAGAUAGAAACAUGAGGCAAAUAUCUGAUAGUGGAGCAGUUACCAUGGGACGCUCCUGCUGAUUGCAUCAAAUUGUUAAACUUUCCACUGCUUUACUUUGAACAAGAAACCUCUGUGUAUGUAAUUGGCUCCCCAAAAACAUCAUCAAAAACCACUUUACUUUUUAUGUUUAUUUUUUCCAAAUAUAAAAUGUAAAUUGGUGUAGUUCUUCUUUUACUUAAUAAAUAGGUAAAACAUCGUUUUGUUAAAUGUCAUCUUACAGUACUUUAUUUUAAUGUUUACCUGUAACUUUCUAUCACUGGCCAUUUCUUUUUUUUCCAUAAACACUAGAGCCAAAAUCCUACCUUGCAGGGAGCCUUUAUAUAUACUUAAAUUACAAGUUGUAAAUAAACAAAGAAUGCAGUGUCUUUAUAUUUUAAUAUUUAAAGGGAAUGUAUUAUAAAGGAUUUUGUUUUAUAUUCACGUUUUAUUUCAAAGAAUAUGUAGCAGUCUUUUAUUUUCAAUCAGAAGUCAAUAUUUAUUUAUUUUUGUUCUGCACUACUUUUUGGUUGGGAUUUAUCAAUAUUAGCAGAGAUUGGAUUCGUGCUAUCGAUAAAGAGCCAAUUGUAACAUUAUUUUCAUUAUUUUUUUUUAGUGGUUACUAUAGGCUUCUGAAACAUUUAUUACCAAUUUAAAAGCUGCCUCAAGCUGUCCAUUGGCUGUAUUCUAGCCUUAAUUUUUCCUUUUUUCUUCCUAAAUUCACCUUGUUUGUAUUCACAUUCUGAUUUUUGGUAGGUGAUGCACAUUUUCUCAUUAAUUUUAUUUGGCUAAAAAAAAUCCUGCUUCAAUCACUUUCCCCCUGGUAAAAAAUAAAAUAAAAAACCUCUUGUAUUGCUGAACCCCUUGUGCGAGGAAGAGGAGGUUAUCCUAAAGAAACCUAAACUAUUACAUUUAUAUAGGCCUGAUUGGUAGCUGCCCAACCUGUCUGAAUUUGUUAAUUGUUAAAGUGAACUGCUAUUUAAUUAAAAUCAAGGUGGAAAUAAUGUAUACCACAUGGCAGAAUUAGCUUGGACAGUUUUAGACACACUAUAAGGACCGCUACAGUUUAUUGUAGUAGUUAUGGUACACAGAGUCCCUGAUGUGAUGUCCCUCCAGAUUUUGAGUGGAUUGACAAAUAUUGGGGCUCCCGCAGCACCCACCAAUCCUUCUGCCACCAAGAUAUCGUAGAUUUCAUACUACUGCAAUGUUCAUGGAAAACUGUCCACAUUUUGUUAGCAAUGAUUUGUUGUAAAUGCUGGGGGCAAUAUAGCCCAUCGCUCUCAGCCAAUCGUUGCAGGAUUGGAUGGAUAGCUUUUGCUGUUAGUGUACCUUUAGCAAUAAAUAUUGGUGUUUAUUAACGAAAUCUGCUUAGUUCCAGUGCUACGGGAGUGGAUGGAAGUACAAAAAUAAUCAUUUUGUAUUAACAAACCUUCAAACAGAAUAAAGAAAGUGAAUGAAUGGUUUUUGUGCUAUAAUUGGCAAAGACCUGAAAGUCCAUCAGGCAGCUGCAAGACUCCCUGCCUGGUAAUGUUAAUACUUAGUCUCACACUGGGUGCCUUGACUUUAGCAAGUUAAGAAUAUAUUUUAUGCCUUGACCCAUACACAGAAUUAAACCGAAUUCCUUACCUCUGUCUAAUGGUUUGGGUAAGAUUAUGAUAAUUUUUCAUCAUUUUCCCUUGCUUCGUAACAAUUUGCUUGAUUAGGGGAUGCAACAAUGUUGUGAAUUACCAUAUUUUACAUCCUGAUAUCCAUGCAAUUUUAAUGGGCAAUAAUAGUUAAAAGAAGGUUCCUGCCCCUUUAAAUGGUUCAACGCUAGAACUGCAAAACUUUCAGUUUAACCAUUUGAGUGCCGGUUGGGCGCACAAUUCCAGUUUCUCUGACAUUUGGCAGAUUUAAAAUAAUUGGUUAAGAUAUCAGAACACAUUCUUAAUGAAAAGAAUGAAUUCACAAAAUGACACUUCUAUGGCUGUACACAGGUCUGGUUUUAAAAGGCGGUAUGAUUUGUCUAUAGUUCUGUUUAAUCUGGAUAUUGGGACUUUAAACUUGGAUAUCUUUGUAUUUUGCUCCUAUUUAUUUGAAUUAAAAGUGACUGUUUUUUGUACUUGUCAGAGCAGGACCCAUCACCUCACCGUUUAGUAACUUAAAGACUAUUAUCUGGGCCUGAUAGCCCACCAUCCUUAGUCCUGUAAUAGAGCAGUGAUACAGUAACAGGGUGUGGAUUGUAGUCACGUGGAAGAGCUUCUCCAAUGCUGGCAUAGCUAAAGAGGACUUGUUUCAGGCUUCAAUAAAAAUAUCAUUGCAGAAUGGCUCGUCUGUGUGGUCAUUGCUGUUAUUCUAUACAAAACAGAAACUUACUCAUGGAAAAGAGCUACACUCCCUCUUGUGGCAGAG